AUGAAUGCAACUGAAUUCAGUGAAGAUGUAGAAGAAGUUCUGAAAAAUAACACUGUGAAAGUGGAGACAGAGGCCGAAGAUGCUGCCCUGGACUGCUCAGUGAAUUCCAGGUCCUCCGAGAAGCACGCUCUGGACAGCGUCUUCACUGGCCUCCAGGACUCCAGCAAGAGAAAGCAGCCGGGCGGCGAGGGCCCGCCAGACUCCGUCCCAAGCGUGAAGAGGCGGCGGCUGAUUCCCGAGGCGCUCCUAGCAGGCAUGCGGAACCGGGAGAACGGCUCGCCCUGCCAGGGCAACGGGGAGCAGGCAGGCAGGGGCAAGAGCUCGGGCUCCGCGUGGCCGGGCGAGGAGGAGCCCAGCAACGACGUGACCACGCCCUCCUACAAGAAGCCUUUGUAUGGCAUCUCGCACAAGAUCAUGGAGAAGAAGAACCCUCCCACCGGAGACGCGCUUAACAUGUUCGAGCUCUUCGAGAAGGCGAACCCCAGGAACAGCCCCUCACCACUGCGGCUCCUGAACGAGCCGCAGAAGCGGGACGGCGGCGGCGCCGCGGCAGCCACCGACAGUGACCCCAACAUCUACUUUCUCAUCCAGAAGAUGUUCUACAUGCUCAACACGCUCUCCUCCAACAUGUCGCAGCUGCACAGCAAGGUGGACCUGCUCUCCCUGGAGGUGAGCCGCAUCAAGAAGCAGGUGAGCCCCACCGAGAUGGUAGCCAAGUUCCAGCCGCCCCCCGAGUACCAGCUCACGGCAGCCGAGCUCAAGCAGAUCGUGGACCAGAGCCUGUCGGGCGGCGACCUGGCCUGCCGCCUGCUGGUGCAGCUCUUCCCUGAGCUCUUCAGCGACGUGGACUUCUCCCGGGGCUGCAGCGCCUGCGGCUUUGCAGCCAAGCGGAAGCUGGAGUCGCUGCACCUGCAGCUCAUCCGCAACUACGUGGAGGUCUACUACCCAUCAGUGAAGGACACGGCCGUGUGGCAGGCUGAGUGCCUGCCCCAGCUGAACGACUUCUUCAGCCGCUUCUGGGCCCAACGGGAAAUGGAGGACAGCCAGCCCGGUGGCCAGGUCGCUGGCUUCUUCGAGGCUGAGCAAGUGGACACCAGCCACUUCCUGGACAACAAAGACCAGGAGGAGGCCCUGUCCCUGGACCGGAGCAGUACCAUCGCCUCGGACCACGUGGUGGACACGCAGGACCUAACUGAGUUCCUGGACGAAGCCUCGUCGCCAGGGGAGUUCGCGGUCUUCCUUCUGCACCGGCUCUUCCCCGAGCUCUUCGACCACCGAAAGCUGGGCGAGCAGUACAGCUGCUACGGGGACGGAGGCAAGCAGGAGCUAGACGCACAGAGGCUGCAGAUCAUCCGCAACUACACGGAGAUCUACUUCCCCGACAUGCAGGAGGAGGAGGCCUGGCUGCAGCAGUGCGCCCAGCGCAUCAACGACGAGCUGGAGGGCCUGGGGCUGGACGCGGGCAGCGAGGGCGAGCCCCCGCGGGACGACUGCUACGACUCUUCCAGCCUUCCCGAUGACAUCUCCGUGGUCAAGGUGGAAGACAGCUUCGAGGGCGAGCGGCCCGGCCGGCGGUCCAAGAAGAUCUGGCUGGUGCCCAUCGACUUCGACAAGCUGGAGAUCCCGCAGCCCGACUUCGAGGUGCCUGGCGCCGACUGCCUGCUCAGCAAGGAGCAGCUGCGCAGCAUCUACGAAAGCAGCCUGUCCAUUGGCAACUUUGCCUCACGCCUGCUCGUGCACCUGUUCCCCGAGCUCUUCACCCACGAGAACCUGCGCAAGCAGUACAACUGCAGCGGCUCGCUGGGCAAGAAGCAGCUGGACCCAUCCCGCAUCAAGCUCAUCCGCCACUACGUGCAGCUACUCUACCCGCGGGCCAAGAAUGACCGCGUCUGGACACUGGAGUUCGUGGGCAAACUGGACGAGCGCUGCCGGCGCCGGGACACGGAGCAGAGGCGCUCCUACCAGCAGCAGCGCAAGGUCCAUGUGCCGGGCCCGGAGUGCAGGGACCUGGCCAGCUAUGCAAUCAACCCCGAGCGGUUCCGGGAGGAAUUUGAGGGGCCCCCGCUGCCCCCCGAAAGGAGCAGCAAGGACUUCUGCAAGAUCCCCCUGGAUGAGCUGGUGGUGCCCUCGCCCGACUUCCCGGUGCCUUCGCCAUACCUGCUGUCAGACAAGGAGGUUCGCGAGAUCGUGCAGCAGAGCCUCUCUGUGGGCAACUUCGCCGCGCGGCUGCUCGUCAGGCUCUUCCCCGAACUCUUCACCGCCGAGAACCUACGGCUGCAGUACAACCACUCCGGGGCGUGCAACAAGAAGCAGCUGGACCCCACGCGGCUGAGGCUCAUCCGCCACUACGUGGAGGCCGUGUACCCGGUGGAGAAGAUGGAGGAGGUGUGGCACUAUGAAUGUAUCCCCAGCAUCGACGAACGGUGCCGCCGCCCCAACAGGAAGAAAUGCGACAUCCUGAAGAAAGCCAAGAAGGUGGAGAAGUGAUGGGCACCGCGGGCACUGAGCGUUCUGCCGGAGCCCGCGACGUGUCCACAGCCGCGCACCUUAUGUCAGCGGGGAGUGGCCUGCUGCACUUGCACACGUGACCGCCCCGCCGGCCACGGCCGCGAGAAAGAAGCCUCGCAUUUGGCCUCUUGUACUCACGACUUUUGUCCUGUGUUCCUGGUGGUACAGCCAGAGUCGGGGGAGGGCCAAGCUGUGAUAGCAGAGAGGCCUCAGGAGUCAGGGUUCCCUCUCCUCGGCAGUGUCCUCCCAGUCCCCUCACAAUUUGAAAUGCAAAUCGAGCAACCCUCUUGGUCCUCUUCCCACGUUUUACAU